CUGACUUGCCAGCAAUUUUGUGAAGUUUGGCCAAGUCUUUGGUUCGUCCUUUUGAGUUUUGUCUGAAAUUGAGACCCAAAGUUUCAAACUAAAUCAUCAUGGCUGACGAUGAAGCAAAGAAGGCGAAACAGGCCGAAAUCGAGCGCAAGCGUGCCGAAGUGCGCAAGCGCAUGGAGGAGGCUUCCAAGGCCAAGAAAGCCAAGAAGGGUUUCAUGACUCCGGAACGUAAGAAGAAGCUAAGGUUACUUCUGCGUAAGAAAGCCGCUGAGGAACUUAAGAAAGAACAGGAGCGCAAGGCAGCUGAACGUAGACGUAUCAUUGAGGAGCGAUGUGGCAAGCCCAAAAACAUCGAGGAUGCUAACGAAGCCGAGCUUCAAACAAUUUGUAAGGAAUAUUGGAAUAGGGUAUUUGGUUUGGAAGGUGACAAAUUUGAUUUAGAAAGAAUGGAAAAAUUGAAACAGUUUGAGAUCUCCGAUCUAAAUGCCCAGGUUAACGAUCUGCGCGGCAAGUUUGUUAAACCCACUCUGAAGAAGGUCUCCAAAUACGAGAACAAAUUUGCCAAGCUUCAGAAGAAGGCUGCCGAAUUCAACUUCCGUAACCAGCUUAAGGUUGUCAAGAAGAAGGAAUUCACCUUGGAAGAGGAGGACAAAGAGGCAAAGAAAUCGGAGAAAGCCGACUGGCAGAAGAAGUAGAUGUAGCUGACAUCAUGAUCAACCAACUACAUAGAUUGAAGCCAUCCGUUCUCUGAU